ACAGCCCAGGCGCUUGUAUGUUGCGUCUGUGCGCACGUCCCUUGUGAGUGCCUGCCUCCCUACGUGCAAAGUCUCCAUCGACAGUCAGACGCUCAAGUGCUUCUCUGUUCUUUCGCUCCUGUAAACCUUCCAUGGAAAGCAGCAUCGGACAAUCGCCCACCAUGGACUCGAUGGAAGACCAAUAUGCCAUCCUCUUGGAACUUCUCAAAAUGAAUGAGACAUACGACCCAAGCUACGUGGUCAGCGAUACUGUCAAACUCUGCACCAAGGUGAAUGUCAAUGAUUUUGGCUCAAAAUUCAACCCACCUUUCUGCUUUGUCAAUUUCCUCCUGAGUUACCUUGGUAACGGCCUCGUCCUGUACAUCAUUUACAAGUACGAGAAGCUCAACACGGUGACAAACAUUUUCUUGCUCAAUCUGGUCCUCUCCAACAUCCUCUUUGCCACCAGUCUCCCGUUUUGGGCAACGUAUCACCUGUCUCAGUGGAUUUUUGGGAACAUUUUGUGUAAGUUGGUCAGCAGCGCCUACUUCAUCGGUUUCUACAGCUCCAUCCUUUUCCUCACGCUCAUGACCUUCGACCGAUACUUGGCAGUGGUGCACGCGGUGGCAGCUGCAAAGAGCAGAAAGAGGAGCUACGCUAUCAUUUCCUCCGUGGUGGUUUGGUGCGUCAGCAUCAUCGCCAGUAUGAAAGAGCUGGUUUUCCAGAAUGUCUGGACGAGUCCCUUCGAUGAGCUGGUGUGUGAGGAGUCGGGAUACUCUGAAGCCACCAUGGCAUUCUGGCGUCUGGUCACUUACUAUCAACAGUUUCUGGUCUUCUUCCUCCUGCCUCUGCUCAUGGUGAUCUACUGCUACGUCUGCAUAACCGUCCGUGUGCUGUCCACUCGCAUGAAGGAGAAAUGUCGCGCCGUCAAGCUCAUAUUCAUCAUCAUCUUUACCUUCUUUGUCUGUUGGACCCCCUACAACGUGGUCAUCCUCCUCAAAGCCAUACAGAGCUCCAGUCCCAAUGUGGAGUGCGCCGAGUCAGACAAGCUGGACUAUGCGAUGUUUGUGACCCGCAAUGUGGCCUACCUCUACUGUUGCAUCAGCCCAGUGUUUUACACGUUUGUGGGUAAAAAGUUCCAGAGCCACUUUAAGAGGCUGCUCGCUAAGAAAAUCCCAUGUCUGAGGAGACACAUUAGUCUCAGCAGCCAGAGCACGCGGACCACAUCGCAGAAGACGCCGCAUUCUGAUUACGAGUACUAGGUGACUCACACAAGUGGAUGCCGGAAAAGAAAAAUGUGAAAAUUGCUUUUGUAGGUUCUCAAAUAGCGUGCUUCAUUUGAUGUUUGCUUUCAAAAUGGUUUCUGUCUGCCUUUUCUACUUUUUAUUGUAUUGUUAUGCUUUUAUUUGAAGUAACUUUGGCUUGCUUACGAGUGAUCGACACUCUUUUGAUUGCCACUUGUUGGAAGCUGAGAAUAGGAACAUCAGGUAUGUUAUCAAUUUGACCAUCUGCUUAGAGAUGUAGACGAAGAAGAUGGCUCAAAAGUUGACAGCGCAUCAAGAAACUUUGGCUACAGUGGACAAGACACACGGCGAUGAGAAAGUGGCCGGCAUAGAAAACUGUGAUAUCGACACACUUCAAACAUCUCUCGCCACCUGUGUAUUGAAGAUGAGCAGAAAUAAAAGUGUUUUGCUUUAUAACCCAAAA